AUGGAAACACCAAAUCUAGUAAAUCGUGAAGUCACAACAAUAUUAAAUGACACAUCUCAAAUAUCGUCGUCGUCGUCAUCUGUAGCUGAUGCCGAUGAAAAUCUAAUUUCAAAGCUUACACAAUUUGAAUCUAAUUUAAUAGAAUCAAAUGUUAUUUAUUAUAUGAUUAAAAGAAGAGUAGAACUAGAUAGUAAAUUGAUUGGCAAUAAAUAUCUUUAUAAUUUAGAUUUUCCAUUUGAGCAAUUGCCCAAUAGAGUUAAUGACAAUGUUAAUAGUGGUAUAGAAUCUAAUAAUGAUGAUAGUAAAUUAUUAAUGGGUGAUCUUGAUAAUAGACUUUUAGAAAUAAAUGAUUUUUUGGAAAAUAAUUGGAGCAAAUUUGUAAAUUUGAAAAUUUUUUCUAAAUCUUCUUUUAACGACCGUGAUGGUGAUAGAAAAAGAAAAUAUUGUGAAAAGGUUUUUUCUGAAUAUUUUAUGUCAGUAACUGAGUUGGCGGUAUUUUUAAAAUCUGUACAUGAUUCGGCUGAUAAGAAAGGGAAAUUGGAUUAUUUCUAUGCUACAGGGAAUUACUUGUUAUAUAUGUUUGCUAAAAUAUUAAGGCGCCUUAAUAAUAAUAGCUAUGAUGAUAAAUUGAAGGGUAUUUUCUUGAAAAAUACUUUAAAUGCUUCGAUUGAUAAACAAUGCGUAAUGAUUAUUAAUGAUGAUGAAUUUACUCUAAAUAACUUUAUUGAGUAUCUUAAUUUAUUCUCAACAAAUUCAUAUAAUAACCAAAAACAACAGGAUUUCUUUAAUAAAUUUCAUCGAAUUAUUGACAAUGAUUUUAGUCAAACAUUAAUUAAUGAUAAACUACCGAUUUAUAUAAAUGAUGAAUUUAUGGAAUUAAGGUUGUAA